AUGGCCGAGGCAUUGGCAGCGGCCUUCACGGAUAACAUUUUGACAUGUAGCAUCUGUCUGGAAGAGUAUGAGGACCCCCGCUUGCUGCCAUGCUACCAUACAUUUUGCCUUGCUUGCAUAUCUGACCAUGCCAAGGGAACUCUCACUACAAAGAGGACAUUUCAGUGCCCUGUUUGCCGAGAAGACGUCCAGUUUCCACCAGGUGGACUUUCUGAAUUAAAAAAGAAUUUUGCCUUUUGUAAGGCCAAGGACAUAAUAAACCAGCAACAAAUAGAAAGAGAGGCAUCAGAAAAUGUAAAGAGUAAUGUGGAAGCAGUGACACAGGCCGUUGCACAAUUGUCCAUCGGUUGUGAGAAACAUCCUGGUAAUGAACUCAAAUACUACUGUGAAGAUGAUGAUACCGUUGUUUGUGCUGACUGUGCAUUAGCAGAUCAUUACAGGCAUGGUAUUUUACCUGUAGAAGAAGUUGCAAAAAGCAAUAGAGAAAAAAUUGAAAAUGCCCUUGUUAAAACGCUGGCAAAAAUUAACGUAUUUAAAGAGGCAGUCGCCGAGGAAACAACCAAUGAAUGUGAGGACUCUCGUAUCAGGACAGCCACUAUCAACACCAUUGAGAGACAAACGCAGCAUAUCUGUACAUUAAUUAAUGAGAGGAAAGAGACACUGAUAUCAGAAGUUAAUUCUGCUUAUGAUCUUAGAAUGACGCAAAGAGAGGUUAACAAGGACAACCUUGAACUCCACCAUGCCUCCUUGCAAAGUGUCUGUGACUUUGCCCAACAACUUGUCGCAAAUGGCACCGACUCUGAUAUCAUGGUUCAUGCAAAGUCUCUCACAAAUAAACUGACAACAAUGGAAAACAUACCAGUACCAACACCAGACACAACUGCAGAGAUUUCUUAUAGUCCUGGUGAGAUAUCUACUGCUGGACUGGAAGCCAUGUAG